CAACUACAAAACCUUCCAAUACACAACACACAAAGCACACAACUUAGUCUUUCUUAAACCCCCAACUACAAGAAAAUGACGAAAGAGUCCACCACCAUUGACGUCGGCGAGCCAAGCACCGUGACCAAAAGUUCAAGCCAUGUCGUAGUUGACGGGAAGAAGAAGAAGGGAUUUGUGGCAGCCGCAGCAGGAGGUGGCGCCAAGAGAGGUUUGGCCAUAUUCGAUUUCCUCCUCCGUUUGGGGGCCAUAGCAGUCACCAUUGGGGCUGCCUCUGUCAUGUACACCGCCGAGGAGACUCUUCCCUUCUUUACUCAGUUCCUCCAGUUCCAAGCCGGUUACGAUGACCUUCCCGCAUUUCAGUACUUUGUGAUAGCCGUAGCAAUAGUGGCCAGCUAUCUCGUCCUUUCACUUCCCUUCUCCAUCAUAGCUAUUAUCCGUCCACUCGCUGUUGCGCCCCGGCUGAUCCUCCUCAUCUUCGAUACCUUGGUCGUGACGCUCAACACAUCAGCAGCAGCAGCGGCAGCAUCAAUCGUCUACCUUGCACACAACGGCAACCAAAGCACCAACUGGCUCCCCAUCUGUCAGCAGUUUGGAGAUUUCUGCCAGAACGUUAGCACCGCGGUUGUAGCCGCUUCUAUCGCGAUUCUCUUCUUCAUCGUUCUCAUCAUCAUCUCCGCCGUCGCUCUCAAGAGGCAUUGAUAUAUUUCCCCUUUUUUUACAAGUGUCAAGACAGUAAUGUACGGGACUAGUGGUUCUUCUUGUAUAUGUGUUGUGGCUUUGUGCUUUGUGUAACAUGAGAAUUGGUAUUAUUGUGUGAAAAUGUAAUUGAAGAAGUUGUUUUUUAUGUUUUUUUU